GCCCGGAUUUUCGGAUCGAGCACGUGACUGUUUCAAAACGCGCGCGAAAGCGCUCUCCAUUCUUUCACCUUCUCCUUCAUCAACUUUCAGUUUUUCCAUUCUUCUUGAAAUCCGCUCUGUGUAUCACUAUCUUACGUCUAUUAUCUCGAAAUGGAACAAGUAACCUCGUCUUUGGCACCUCCUCGCGCUCCCGCUUCCAACAAAUCUGUGUUGGAACUCCUAGUCGAUAGCCUUGAUUUCGUCUUUGCUAGUCUGGGUAAUGAGCUUAUGACUUUAAUGAUGUCGUCUUCCCCUGGAAUUUCGGCCUUUCCUAAAACCGACUCGAAUUUAUUCGAUUGGAUGGGCACAAUCGAAGGUGCUUCUGGAACUGUUUACGCUGGACUGGCUUUCAGAAUAUCCAUCCACUUCCCGCCUAACUAUCCCUAUGUUGCACCCACGAUAAAGUUUGAGACGCCUUGCUACCACCCUAAUGUCGACAUCAAUUCCGGCACCAUCUGUCUCGACAUCCUACAGGACAAGUGGUCUGCUGUCUAUAGCGUGCAGACGAUCUUAAUCUCUCUUCAGUCUUUGCUCGGUGAACCUAAUAAUGCAUCUCCACUAAACUCUGAUGCUGCCGCCAUAUGGAACAAUCCAGAAAGCUUCAAGGCCCAGCUGAUGCGGCAUUACAGACCACUUAAGGAUGACUCGGCAUAGGGUGUUUUUACAUUGUUGUGUAUCCAUUCUGUUUUUGAACACCAUCGAGGGCUUUGUAGUCGCGUCUUGUAAACGUAUCUCCCUAAUCGCCUGGAUAUAGAUAGGCGUGCAUCGCUCUUAGUGAUUGAAAGGUUACAUAAGUCACUCUUGUAUCAAAAUCGUAAAAUGAACUUGUUUGUUCACCUGA